GGUCCCGCUGUGAGCUUUCAUUAUGAGCUCCCUUCUCAUCUCUCCAAGCUCGGUGUGUCGAAGUGGACGGGCGUUGACAAUCAGUCAAUUGCCGCUUGGAAAGAUCCGCGAACAUCCAGGUCUAAUACCGCACUUGCAAUGUCAGAACCUCUCAAGGCGGCUAUCCUGGUCGUCUCGACAACAGCUGCCAAGGACCCCUCCACCGACGAAGCCGAUGCCGCACUACGCCAAGUAUUCGAGCAAGAGGGCGGGGGGCGCUGGAAUGUCGUCGACACCAGGAUUGUGAGCGACGUAGCCACCCAGAUCCAGCGCCAGAUCACGCUAUGGACGGACGUUGCUCACCCGGUCAACCUGGUUAUCACCACCGGCGGCACCGGGUUUGCGGCGGCCGACCACACUCCGGAGGCCGUCUCGGUCCUCCUGCACAAGCAAGCCCCGGGGCUCGUCCACGCCAUGCUUUCUUCCUCGCUUGCAGUCACCCAAUUUGCCAUGAUGUCGCGCCCUGUUGCCGGCGUCAGGAACCAGACCGUCAUCAUCACGCUGCCCGGAUCUCCCAAAGGAGCGAGGGAGAAUCUCCAGGCCGUCAUCAAGACGCUUCCCCACGCCUGCCUCCAGGCCGCCGGUGCUGACUCGCGAGCCCUGCAUUCGGGAGGCGUAAAAAGGCUAGAGCAAGAAGCCGGCGUCAGCUCCGGGACCCAUUAUCACCACGGCCGCCUUGAACACCACCACCACCACCACCACCACCAUCACCACUCCCACGCUCCUCCCACCCGCCACACGAAUCCAGCAGACGACGACCAAAACCAGGCACCUAGGUCGAAUGACCCCGCUCUCGGGCCCUCCCGCCGCCACCGCUCGUCCCUCUACCCGAUGGUCUCCGUGCCGGAGGCGCUAUCCCUCAUCGCCACGCACACCCCCCCGCCCAAGACGACCACCGCCCGCGUGGGUCCGUCCCUGACCGGCUCCGUCCUGGCCCGCCCCGUCCGCGCCACGGAGCCCGUACCCGCCUUCCGCGCCAGCAUAGUCGACGGCUACGCCGUCGUCGUGCCCCCCGGCGGCGACAUGCGCGGCGUCACGUACCCGGUCGUCGCCGUCUCGCACGCCGCCGCCGCCGCCACCUCCGACAGCGGCAGCGACGCGGGAGGACAAGGGCCGGCGCCGCUGAAGCAGGGUGAAGUGGCGCGCAUCACUACGGGCGCGCCGGUGCCCGCCGGUGCGACGGCUGUCAUCAUGGUGGAGGAUACCCGGCUCAUCUCGACUCGGCCGGCUAAUGGGUGUGGUAAGGGUGGAGGAGGAAGCAGCAAGGAGCAGCAGGAGGAGGAAGAGGCCGAGAUCGAAAUCCUUGCGGACGGGGUGAAGGAAGGGGAGAAUAUACGGGAAAUCGGGAGCGACAUCGAGCAAGGAGUGGAGAUCCUGGGGAAGGGAGAGCAAAUCUCUGCUGUCGGAGGGGAGAUCGGGUUGUUGGCGUCAGUUGGCGUCAGGGAAGUUGAGGUGUACGAGAGGCCGGUGGUGGGUGUGCUGUCGACGGGGGAUGAGAUCGUGGAGCAUGAUCGGGAGGGAGCGUUGAAAUUGGGGGAGGUCAGGGACACGAACCGGCCAGGCCUAAUUGCCGCUGCAAAUGACUGGGGGUUUAGGGUUAUCGACCUGGGGAUUGCGCGCGAUCAGCCCGCGUCCUUGGAGGAGGUGUUGCGGGACGCGUUGCGCAAGGUCGACCUGGUGAUCACCACCGGCGGGGUUUCAAUGGGGGAGCUUGACCUGCUGAAGCCGACCAUCGAGCGGGCGCUGGGCGGGACGAUCCACUUCGGGCGGGUUGCCAUGAAACCCGGCAAACCAACGACGUUUGCCACAGUGCCCGUGAAGGACAACAGCGGCGAGAGGGUGACCAAGGUCAUCUUCUCGCUGCCGGGCAAUCCGGCCUCAGCCCUGGUGACGUUCCACCUGUUUGUGCUUCCGUCCCUUCGGCAGAUGUCGGGCAUCGACCCGCCGGGACUCCCACGGGUGCCUGUCGUCCUGUCACACGACUUCUCGUUGGACAAGUCCCGGCCGGAAUACCACCGCGCCAUAGUCUCGGUCGGCAGCGACGGCGUCCUGUCGGCCACGAGCACAGGAGGACAAAGGAGCUCGAGGGUUGGCAGCCUGAAGGGAGCCAACGCCUUGCUCUGCAUGCCCAGCGGGUCAGAGCCGCUGCGCAAGGGCGCCAAGGUGGAGGCACUCUUGAUCGAUAGCUUACGAAGCGACGUGUCGUAGAACGGCCAAGAACCGACUGACCAUGAGAAUAACCAAACAAUAUAUAUCCCGUCGGGAGCCUCUUCUGUACAGAAAGCUUCUACACUUAGAUGAUGCCAGCCAUGCCCCUUGACCGUCCCGCCCCCGUUCC